ACGAGCGUCACUGCCGCUACCUGACAAACAAAGCGUCUCCGAAGGAGCCAGCGUCAUGACGUCAUUAGAGCGUUGAGUGGGAGAGGACCAAUGAGAGACCCUCAUGAGAACGACGGUCCCUCCUGUUGGUGACGUCACUCCGUUUUCAGGGUAUCCCAGCGCGGCGGCGGCGGCGGCUUGUCUUUUAGUGUGAUCUGUGUGAAACGGUGACCAGUAUGGGAGUGACUGUGGAGUCCAUCUGCCCCGGGGACGGACAGACAUACCCUAAGAAGGGCCAGAAAGCUGUGGUGCACUACGAUGGGUAUCUGCUAGAUGGAAGGAAGUUUGACUCUUCUCGUGACAGGAAUAAGCCCUUCUGCUUCUGUCUUGGAAGGAAUGAGGUGAUCCGUGGCUGGGAAGAAGGUGUAGCACAGAUGAGUGUGGGUGAAAGAGCACGUUUGACUUGCACCCCAGAUUAUGCAUACGGCAGCAAAGGUCACCCUGGCAUCAUCCCACCAAAUGCUGUCCUUGUCUUUGAUGUGGAGUUGCUGCGAUUGGAGGGAGGGUCGCACUGACCCUAGAGUGUGGGUUUGCCCGAUCCCGUGAACAGAGUGCAGAACACAGUGGACACAAAGCCUGAACCUUCUACCCUCCACACUUCCACCUGCUGCCUUCUUGCCUUCCUACUCUGGGGCAUAUUUGAGCAACCCCUUUUGGAUACCGUUAUAAAAGGGUUAAGGUGGCAGCACCAGUUACUCCCCCUCUGAGGCGGUAACAUUCGUUACUUUGGUCACCUGCUGAAGAUGCCCCCCUGAUUCCAGCCUGACGAAUGCACUUGAGGGAUGAGGACAGCUCUUGUAAUGCACCUGCUAACCAUUCCGGAGCUGUCUGCCCAUGCCCGGCAGAGCCUGCCAAUUGUCAUUCCAGCUCUGCAGUGCCACGUCUGCUUUCUUCCCUUAUGUGGCAGGGUUCUGUCCUGUGCUGCAUGCGGCCCCCUCCUCACACAAUCACAUUAAUUGCUUUUCUCUAUCCUUGGAGGUCUCUGCUCUGACGUCACAAUAAAGAAUCUGUUUCCUGACAA